CGAGCCAAUGCAAAGGAGGACCCAGAAAGGCAUACAGAGGACUGGUAUAUAUUGGGCUAUCCACAGUGUUUUUAGUUCUUUCACAGCAGUACAAGGUGUACUACUGUGUCCUGUCCUGCCUGAUCCACUGGCCUCAGACAUGGCUCGUCUGGCCCUCCCGGUCUUCUUCGUUCUUUGCCUCUCUUUGCUCCACUUCAGCUCCAGCCGUCCAUCUCGCACCAGGAAGGCUGUGUCAGCUCGUCAGUCCGCUGCAGAUGAAGAAGAUGUUAAGUCUCAGCUUGAGAGGCUGUGGCAGGAGGUGAAUUCACUGAAAGAGAUGCAGGCAUUGCAGACAGUUUGUCUCCGUGGCAUCAAAGCUCACAGGAAGUGCUAUCUCACAAUUGAGGAGCCCAAACAUUACCAUGAGGCAAAUGAAGACUGUAUAGCACAAGGAGGAACCCUGGCCACUCCACGGGAUGUGAUGGAAAACAAUGAACUGAGGGACUAUGCAAAGAGGAGUGCACCGGGGUCCAAGGACUUCUGGAUCGGAGUGGCAGAUAUAGUGAAAGAAGGCCAGUAUGUGGACGUCAACAGCCAACCCAUCAGCUACUUCAACUGGGACCGGACCAAGAAACAGCCCACAGGCACCAAGAGGGAGAGCUGCGUGGCCCUGUCGGUGGCUGCACAGGGGAAGUGGUACGACGAAGUGUGCCGCAGUCUGAAAAAGUACAUCUGUGAAUAUGUCAUCCCAUAAAAUAUGACAAUGGAGCAGCUGUUGUGACGAUUUAUGCACAAACACAAACACACACUACACACUUGUCAGAUUGGCAUAACAGUGGUAUAUGAUGGCAAAAACCUGAAGUGUUUUGUCUUACUGCCUGUGUAAAGAUGUUGGAUGUUUCACUAGAUAAUCAGAAUCAUUUUCACUUCAUGCAAAAUACAAAAAAAUGCAUUUGUGCUAUUGAAAAUCUGAUUUAACAGCUCAUAAAGUUGGAAGAAGUUCAAAUGUAUGAAAAGUGUUUCAUUUUGUCUAAAUAAUUACAAUUUUGACAUUUUAAACACCAUUUUUUUUUAUUGCUACUUAUACUCACACAUAUAUAUUUAUAUAAAACAUGUGAGGCUCCUUCUGCAUUGCUUAAUAUUAAAUAGUGAUUUAAAGUGGCUGGAGUGAUUUGCUCAAAUGCAGCAGAAAAAUAUGGUGAUAUGAUUCAGUUUUAUCUGUACCACAAGAGUCAACACUGAAAGACAGACAUUCAGUCAAAACUAUAUGCAGUCUAUUGUCUCCACUUUGCCUGACGUGUCAUAGGAAUGAGGGAACAAUCCUGGAUCUCCAAAAAUAAACUUUAAACAAACCCAGAGAGAAUACGCAAACAUCCAGUUAUCAAUGCUUCACCUUUUAACUAUGAGGUAACUGUGAAAAAUACAGUUCCAACUUUAGGACCUGAGCUCCUGCUGUGUAGAUUUCACACAAGCAAUAUCACUGAAAUAGUUUUUAUUUGACUUAUAGCACACCUUAAGAUGUUCACAAUCAUCAAAUAUAUACUUUAAUGGAAUAUAGCUUCCAUAU